GGGAGGACUAUAAAUAACAUAGUGAGGGAUGACCAGGUAGUGCAGGUAUCACAUGUUUAUCGAGCAACACAGGUAAAUAAAAUUACAGCUUUAUUGCACACUAUAAAGUGGCAGACGAUCUGUGCAGAUUGUGAAAUCCGCAUAAUCCGCAUAAUCCCACGGAAUCACGCCAGAACGGAGAUAAACACGAAAAGAGACAGGAAGUGAUAUAAUUUAUCAGCUCUACAAGAUUUUCUAAUUUCAACUGGAUAUUUACAAAAUCAGUCAUGGAGAGUGCAGUCACAGACUUCUCUUUUAAACUCUAUCAAGUUCUGUGCGAAGGGGGUGGGAAUCUGUUUAUGUCACCCUACAGUGUAUCGGCGGCUCUUAUGUUAACGAUGUUGGGCGCAAAAGGGGAAUCCGAGGAGCAGAUAAAACAGGUAUUGGGAGUAGCGGGAGUUCCUAACCCGCACCAGGCGUAUCAAAAGUUACACGCCACCCUGACGGGAAAGUCUAAGGACGGGGCAAAGCUCGCCAUAGCCAACCGGAUAUUUUCCAAACUCGGACUGGAGAUUAAAGAGUCGUAUAAAAAGGAAUCGCUGGACUAUUACAACAGUGAAAUUGAAUUGUUAGAUUUUGUGGGAAACCCGGAAGGGUCGAGAACUCGAAUCAACACCUGGGUUGAGGACCAGACCAACAAUAAAAUCAAGGAUUUGAUUCCAGAGGGAGGGAUUAACUCCCUUUCGUUAAUUGUUUUAACCAAUGCUAUUUACUUCAAAGGGGAUUGGGAAAAUGCAUUCAAGGCCUCGAAUACAAAGAGCGAACCAUUUCGAAUAUCCGAGACAGAGUCGGGCACGGUUGAAAUGAUGAAUAUGGAAAAGGAAAAGUGGCUAAUUGGUAUGUCCAAAUCACUGGAUUGCCAAAUUCUGGAUCUUCCAUACAAAGGGGGAGAACUGGGUAUGCUAAUCAUUCUUCCGAACAAGGUUGACGGAUUGUCGUCAUUAGAAUCAAGCUUGUCGGCUGACACGUUUCGGGAACUAACAAAGGAAAUGUACAGCGAGGAUGUCAUUGUCUCCAUACCGAAAUUCAAACUAGAAAGCUCGUUUCAACUGGAUAAAGUUCUUGGUGGGAUGGGAAUCACCGAUAUCUUUUCCAGAAAAGCCGACUUCUGCGCCAUGAUGGAAAACCCGCCAGAUGGCACUCAUGUAUCUGACGUCAUUCACAAAGCGUUUGUUGAGGUCAACGAGGAGGGCACGGAAGCCGCCGCUGCUACAGCAGUGAUGAUGAGGUUUAUGUGCAUGCCACUAGAACCCAUGGUGUUUAAAGCGGACCACCCCUUCCUUUUUCUGAUCAGAGAAAAUUCGACCGGAACUGUAUUGUUUAUCGGUCGCUUCUUGAAACCAAGCAACUAAUAUCAUGA